GCGAGGUGACCAAGCCACUCAGCCCGGGCAGCGGGGCCAGAGCGGCACAUACUCCAGCCGCGGGCGGGUCCCGCGGCCACAGCUGCUGAACACCCUGCGGCCUCCCGGGCCUCCUUUUGUUCGCAUUUUUGAAACGUUGGGGUUGUUGGAGUGGUUGGAUUUUCCCUGGAAUUGAGUGAGAAAUUCAGAAGACUGAAGCCCAGGCUCACUGUCUACCUUUCACGGAGGCCUAGCCGUGAGAGGACAGAAGAAGGCACGUGGCGAAUCAUGACCGCUGACAAAGACAAGGACAAAGAGAAAGAGAAGGACCGGGACCGUGACCGGGAGAGAGAGAAGAGGGACAAAGCAAGAGAGAGUGAGAGUGCCAGGCCUCGCAGGAGCUGCACCUUGGAAGGAGGAGCUAAAAACUACGCGGAGAGUGAUCACAGUGAAGAGGAGGACAAUGAGCACAGCACCGCCGCCGAGGAGGCCACCAAGAAGAGCAAGAAGAAGCCGCCGAAAAAGAAGUCUCGCUACGAAAGGACGGACACUGGUGAGAUAACAUCCUACAUCACAGAGGAUGACGUUGUCUACAGACCUGGAGACUGUGUGUAUAUCGAGAGUCGAAGGCCAAACACACCGUAUUUCAUCUGUAGCAUUCAAGACUUCAAACUGGUCCACAACUCCCAGGCCUGUUGCAGAUCUCCAACUCCUGCUUUGUGUGACCCCCCAGCAUGCUCUCUGCCGGUGGCAUCACAGCCACCACAACAUCUUUCUGAAGCCGGGAGAGGGCCUGUAGGGAGUAAGAGGGACCAUCUACUCAUGAACGUCAAAUGGUACUACCGUCAGUCUGAAGUUCCAGAUUCUGUAUAUCAGCAUUUGGUUCAGGAUCGGCAUAAUGAAAAUGACUCUGGAAGAGAGCUUGUUAUUACAGACCCAGUCAUCAAGAACCGAGAACUCUUCAUUUCUGAUUACGUUGAUACAUACCAUGCUGCUGCCCUUAGAGGGAAGUGUAACAUCUCCCAUUUUUCUGAUAUAUUUGCUGCUAGAGAGUUUAAAGCCCGAGUGGACUCAUUUUUCUACAUAUUAGGCUACAACCCAGAGACAAGGAGGCUGAAUAGUACUCAGGGGGAAAUUCGUGUUGGUCCCAGCCAUCAGGCCAAGCUUCCAGAUUUGCAGCCCUUUCCAUCUCCAGAUGGCGACACUGUGACCCAGCAUGAGGAACUGGUCUGGAUGCCCGGAGUUAAUGACUGUGACCUCCUCAUGUACUUGAGGGCAGCGAGGAGCAUGGCAGCAUUUGCAGGGAUGUGUGAUGGAGGCUCCACAGAGGAUGGCUGUGUCGCUGCAUCACGGGAUGACACCACUCUCAAUGCACUGAACACACUCCAUGAAAGCAGCUACGAUGCUGGCAAAGCCCUGCAGCGCCUGGUGAAGAAGCCCGUGCCUAAGCUGAUCGAGAAGUGCUGGACAGAAGAUGAUGUGAAACGUUUCGUUAAGGGACUCCGGCAAUACGGCAAGAACUUCUUCAGAAUUAGAAAGGAGCUGCUUCCCAAUAAGGAAACGGGUGAACUUAUUACCUUCUAUUACUACUGGAAGAAAACCCCAGAGGCAGCCAGCUCCCGUGCCCACCGCAGGCACCGCAGACAGGCUGUGUUCCGGAGGAUAAAGACCCGCACCGCAUCUACCCCUGUCAACACACCCUCCAGACCCCCUUCUAGUGAAUUCUUGGACCUGAGUUCAGCCAGCGAGGAUGACUUUGACAGUGAGGACAGUGAGCAGGAGCUGAAGGGCUACGCUUGCCGCCACUGCUUCACCACCACCUCCAAAGACUGGCAUCACGGGGGUCGGGAGAAUAUCCUGCUCUGUACCGACUGCCGCAUCCACUUCAAGAAGUACGGUGAGCUGCCACCCAUCGAGAAACCUGUGGACCCCCCACCGUUCAUGUUCAAGCCUGUCAAGGAGGAGGACGAUGGGCUCAAUGGGAAGCAUAGCAUGAGGACACGGCGGAGUCGGGGCUCGAUGUCUACACUACGCAGUGGUCGAAAGAAACAGCCUGCCAGUCCUGAUGGUCGUGCCUCACCCAUUAAUGAAGACAUCCGCUCUAGUGGCCGGAACUCUCCCAGUGCUGCCAGCACCUCCAGUAAUGACAGUAAAGCGGAGACAGUGAAGAAGUCAGCCAAGAAGGUAAAGGAGGAGGCCUCGUCCCCUCUGAAGAGCACUAAGCGCCAGCGCGAGAAGGUGGCCUCUGACACCGAGGAGACGGACAGGGCGAGCUCCAAAAAGACAAAGACCCAGGAGAUCAGCCGUCCUAACUCGCCAUCUGAAGGUGAGGGGGAGAGUUCUGACAGUCGCAGUGUCAAUGAUGAGGGCAGCAGUGACCCCAAAGACAUCGACCAGGACAAUCGCAGCACGUCUCCCAGUAUCCCCAGCCCUCAGGACAAUGAGAGCGACUCGGACUCAUCUGCCCAGCAGCAGAUGCUGCAGGCUCAGCCCUCAGCCUUGCAGGCUCCCAGUGGGACUGCCACAGCCUCCUCCACAGCCCCUCCAGGAACACCCCAGCUUCCCCCCUCAGGACCCACGCCUACUGCCACUGCUGUCCCUCCACAGGGGUCUCCUGCAACCUCACAACCCCCUAACCAGCCACAGGCUACAGUGGCACCUGUAGCCCACACACAUAUCCAGCAGGCGCCCACCCUGCACCCACCUCGGCUGCCCUCACCUCAUCCCCCACUGCAGCCUCUGACUGCGCCUGCUGGCCAGACCUCAGCCCCACCACAUGCCCAGCCCCCCCUGCACGGUCAGGGCCCAGCGGGCCCUCACAGCCUGCAGACUGGGCCCCUGCUACAGCACCCGGGACUCCCUCAACCCUUUGGCCUUCCUCCUCAGGCUUCUCCAGGCCAGGCCCCUCUGGGAAGCUCCCCGGCAGCAGCUCACCCUCAUACCACCUUGCAGCUCCCAGCCUCUCAGUCAGCACUGCAGCCCCAACAGCCCCCAAGGGAACAGCCCCUGCCUCCUGCACCCUUGGCCAUGCCUCACAUCAAACCCCCUCCCACCACACCCAUCCCACAGCUUCCAGCACCACAGACUCACAAGCACCCUCCUCACCUUUCCGGGCCCUCACCCUUCUCCAUGAAUGCCAACCUGCCACCCCCUCCAGCCCUGAAGCCCCUCAGCUCCCUGUCUACACACCACCCUCCAUCGGCCCACCCACCACCCCUGCAGCUCAUGCCCCAGAGCCAGCCCUUACCCUCCUCUCCUGCCCAGCCCCCGGGGCUGACCCAAAGCCAGAGUCUGCCUCCUCCCGCUGCCUCUCACCCCCCUGCCAACCUCCACCAAGUAUCCCCUCAGCCCUCAUUUCCCCAGCACCCCUUUGUGCCUGGAGGACCUCCUCCCAUCACUCCACCCUCUUGCCCUUCCACCUCUACCCCACCUGCGGGACCCAGCACCUCAACUCAGCCACCCUGCUCGGCCACGGUUUCUUCGGGAGGCAGUGUCCCAGGGCCAGCGUCCUGCCCUCUCCCCACUGUGCAAAUCAAGGAGGAGGCUCUGGAUGAUGCUGAAGAGCCUGAAAGCCCUCCUCCGCCCCCCAGGAGCCCAUCCCCUGAGCCCACCGUGGUGGACACCCCCAGCCAUGCCAGCCAGUCUGCCAGGUUCUACAAACACCUGGACCGGGGUUACAACUCUUGUGCACGAACAGACCUGUACUUCAUGCCUCUUGCUGGAUCCAAACUAGCCAAGAAGAGGGAGGAGGCCAUUGAGAAGGCUAAAAGGGAGGCCGAACAAAAAGCCCGUGAGGAACGGGAGCGGGAGAAAGAAAAGGAGAAGGAGCGAGAGCGCGAGCGUGAGCGGGAACGGGAGGCAGAGCGCGCAGCUAAGGCGUCUAGCUCAGCUCAUGAAGGCCGUCUUAGUGAUCCCCAGCUCAGCGGUCCUGGCCAUAUGCGGCCCUCCUUUGAGCCACCACCGACAACCAUUGCUGCUGUGCCCCCAUACAUUGGGCCUGACACACCUGCCCUCCGGACACUGAGUGAAUAUGCUCGGCCCCAUGUCAUGUCACCCACCAACCGCAAUCACCCCUUCUACAUGCCCCUCAACCCUACUGACCCCCUGCUGGCCUACCACAUGCCUGGCCUCUACAAUGUCGAUCCUACCAUCCGUGAGCGGGAGCUCCGUGAGCGGGAGAUUCGGGAACGGGAAAUUCGGGAGCGUGAGUUGCGGGAGAGGAUGAAGCCAGGCUUUGAAGUGAAGCCCCCGGAGCUGGACCCCCUGCACCCAGCCACCAACCCCAUGGAGCAUUUUGCCCGGCAUAGUGCUCUCUCCAUCCCCCCUACAGCUGGCCCACACCCAUUUGCCUCUUUCCAUCCGGGCCUGAACCCCUUGGAGCGGGAGAGACUGGCCUUAGCAGGUCCCCAGCUGCGGCCUGAGAUGAGCUACCCAGACAGAUUGGCAGCUGAGCGCAUCCAUGCAGAGCGCAUGGCAUCACUGACAAGUGACCCCCUGGCACGACUGCAAAUGUUCAACGUGACUCCACACCAUCACCAGCACUCACACAUCCACUCCCACCUCCACCUCCACCAGCAGGACCCCCUUCACCAAGGUUCAGCAGGCCCAGUUCACCCCCUGGUUGACCCCCUGACGGCUGGCCCUCACCUGGCACGCUUCCCUUAUCCUCCUGGUACCCUCCCCAACCCUCUGCUUGGACAGCCUCCACAUGAACAUGAGAUGCUGCGCCAUCCAGUUUUUGCGGAGCCUGUUUUGUGCUUGGCAGGCACCCCCUACCCCCGAGACCUGCCUGGGGCCAUCCCACCUCCCAUGUCAGCAGCCCACCAGCUGCAGGCUAUGCAUGCCCAGUCAGCUGAGCUCCAGAGACUGGCCAUGGAGCAGCAAUGGCUGCACGGACACCCCCACAUGCAUGGUGGCCACCUACCAAGUCAAGAAGAUUAUUACAGUCGACUGAAGAAAGAAGGUGACAAGCAGUUAUAAGUUAUUUAUUUGUUAAUGCUGGCUGUGGAAACCUCAGUUCUUGGGGGGCAGAAACAGGACUUUUUACAUACAGUAGGAGCUGCAAAAGCAAAAGGAAUAUCUUCUGAAGAUUUCUUUAUAUAUUUAAAACCCACAACUAAAAAUGAAUCUGCAUAAUAGUGUUCGUUUGUUGACGAUUUCCUGAGACUGGUUUGUCUCCCUGCAUGACAGUCCCCCAGAAACUUAGUGAGUCCUGGGCUGGACUGAACACCCAGAAAACUUCCCUGCAAUCUUGGGGUUUGGCUUUAGUUUCUUUUCCUUGAUUUCUCAGUAGGUGCUAGAAUCUGUUCACACCCUUCACUGUGCGUGCAGACACAGAGUCACGUGGGUUCCAGAACCCACGAGGUUUGCAGAGAGGUGGCAUAUGAGUUUGGAAUCGAAGAGCUAUAAUUUUUAAAGAAUCUUUUAUUUUAAUACAUUGUAGGAAAUCUUCAUAAUUUGGGAAAGUUCUGCAGCAUGGCUUUUUACAUCUGUAAAUAAAUUUUAGAAGUCUUUUUUUUUUUUCCUUCCACAAACGACUAUUCUGAUCUAUUUUUUCCAGCCAUGUCACUAAUUGUGAAUUCCUACCAGCUAUUGACAGAAUACAGAGUUGAUUUUUUAAUAAAAAGUUAUAUAUAAUUAUCCCUUUAAUUAAAGGGACUAGAUGGGCGUUACUAGUUGCAAGCGGCAGGAGCUUGGGACUAGGUUGGUCACAGCGGUGAGCAUCCAGGGGUUGGCAGGGACAGUGUUACAGGCUCUUUAUUUUGCUGCUUUGAUUUGGUUUUUCUGUCCCUUGCACAUGCUUCGCAGUGGCAGACUUGUUCGAGUGAGCCUCCUUCCUUAUGCAGAGGAGUUCAGUGUUGGCUUUCUGUUCCCUGCUGUCACCGUUGUCCUGUCUCUGCUUAGAAAGCGCAUGUUUAUGUGUGUCUGAUGAUAGAUUUUCUUAGAGUUCUAUGCACACUUUUAAUUGUUCUGGACAAAUUGCCUUUUUUAAUAUUCUGAAAAUUUCGUAAAUGCUAUAGAAAAUUCAAGAAAGUGAUUUGAUACAGGUAACUGAGCACAUGAAGGACCCAGGACAUAUGCUUGCCAAAGGAAUCUGUUAGAAAUCUGCCCAAGUGCAGGCCAUCAUUUUGCUCUUGUAGGACCAAGCCAAGUCAUCUUUCCACAGACUGAGGUUGCCUCUGAGUGAGGAACACCCUAGGAAUCAACAUGGUCAUGGGUCUGGCUUGCCGUUUUGGCCCUGGAGUAGGCCUACUCAUGGUGACACAUCUGCCUGGAAAACCAAUGUGUCCCACUUUUCCUCCUGGAAGUAGGAUAGGAAUCCUAGCUGAAAACAGGUUCCCCAGGAAAAUCCCCUUUCUUUAGGAGGCUGGACCCAUUUUUCAGCAGAGCUGGCUGCCAGGACAGGGCCUUUUCCUGCCCUCACACUCUCAAAGGUCAUUUCCACUAUCACGUGUGGUGGUUACAUCUGAGAUGUCAGUCAAGGCCACUCUGAGGGCUGGUGGUUAAGACCUGCCUAGGCCCCUUAGCAGAAGCUGCCCAUAGCUGACCUAGCUAGUUAGCAUUCACUCUGCUCCAGGCUCUGUUCUCAGAGCUGUAGCAGGGCCUCUCGUGCUCUAUGAACCUUGUGUGGAACAGGUGUGAUUGGUUCGUCAUUGAAAAUGCCUGUAGUUUGUUUACUUCUGUUUGUUCUCAUUCCAUUUCUGCCUUAACUUUAUUUAGUUCCUUACAGGAGGCAAGCUCAUAGUAACUCUUGGUUGUCAAACUUCUGGCCACCUUGGCUCAGAAGCAUUUAUUUUGUUCUGGAGGUGGUGACAAAGACCUCCAGGUGGAUUGCCCUUCUCUACUCUGAGGAAAGCCUCUUCCCUCUGGCCUCUGGAUGGGUAGCUAUGUUCUGCCCCAUGCCACCACCUCUCCUUUUCUCCCCCUUUAAACUGAAUCUGCCAUUACCCAUUUUCCAAAGAGAAAAAAGUGAAGUCCUUUGAAUUCUGUACUUGAAAUCUGUCUGAAAGUGUUUCCUUGUUGUGUUUUGGGUUUCUUCCCAUAUCCCAAGGUGAAGCACUGAGAUUCUUCCAUGUCAGAGCCCACGCCCUGAAAACCCUCACCCAAACUACCGUUUGUUCAGGAGGCUCCAGACCUUCGUGGUGUCUUUGAAGCCUGACCACUGGUUUCCUUCUGGACGUACCUCCUCUCACCUGCAGUCUGGUUUUGCUUUCUGUGUUUUGUACGUACUUGUUCCGUGUCGUCAAGGUUGAGCUUCACGCCUCACUGCAGCGGAGCGGACAUUCUGAUUGCUAUGUUUCUAUAUAUCUCGGAGCUAAGUGUAUAUAUGAGUAGUUUGCCAUGAGAUAACAGUGUAAACAGUAGGCAACCAGAAAUCGUGACUUCUGUGUUCUCUCCAUUUGAGUAUUUUGUAAUUUUUUUGAAAUAUUUGUGGACAUAAAUAAAACCAAGCUACACUACA